AUGUCAUAUAACGUGAACCAAGUUGAACUUAUCAAAGCUGUCAUUGGAACGAAACACAUGGAAGAUCCAAAGGUGCAGGAAAUUAUUAAGAAGAUAGAUGUCAACAAGUGUUUGAAAUCGAAUUUGAAAACCGACAACUUGAAGAAGAUUAACAUUGAAGACAUUCCGGCGAAAACUGAGCUAGAUUUCAAAAAAGCUAUUCAAGAGAUGACACCAGCCGUUAAAAUCCUUCACAAAAGAAACCAUGAUCCCACUGAUUUCCCAAUUAACUGCAAUAUUUUGGCUCCGUUAAAAGUGCCACUCGAAAUUGACGGUGAAAGCAUAUUGAAAUUGGCUGAAAAGCGAUGUCUCACAAGAAGCGAGAAUGAAAUCUUCGAGGAAAACAUGUACCCGUUCACUGUUCCGAAAACUGUUGAAGAGGUUUCAAGUGAUCACUUAAAGAUUCCGACGCCUCUGUUUGUUUGUAAAAAUUCAAAGGACGCCCAUUCGAUUCAGCUAGAACAGAUGUGCCAAUUGAAUGAUAUCGUUAUGGUGCGUGGGCUCAUGGAGAGCCUCGAAAUUAACAUGGAAAAUUUUAAAUCGGAAAUGUUCGAAGACCGUGGAAGUAAGCAGACGUAUUUAUUUCGAGAGCAACAUCGAAUGCCGGCGCAUCUGAAUUAUGGUGACGAUGGACACGUGACAUGGCGUUAUAACAGUUGGGAAAAUUCAACUAAAUUGACAUUGCAACAGUAUGUUGCACAUAAAGAAGAAAGCUUGAAAAAUGCAAUCGACGAUGAAUAUGAAUAUCUUUCGAAAUACGAAAGUAGGUUUGUGAGAAGUGCCAACACUACAGCAGAUGGCUCGAAAAAAAUCAGACUGGAAUCGGAAGUUGAAGAACAAGCUGUAGAGGAAGCCGAAUUGGAUAAAAAAGAAGAAUUUAUUACUUCCACAGGAAUGAUCGUUUUUGGAACGAACGUCGAUUUGUUAGACACCAAAAAGUGGGAAAUACAGUUUGAAGAACUCAAAAAGCUUCCCGAUUUCCUUCUUUGGAACUCAGCGAAAAGUUGCCUGAGUUAUCUGCGGCGCACGGUUCCGGGCAUGAAUGGUGUUCAACUUUAUAUGAAAGUCCCUGGGGCGCGAACGUCGGCCCACCAGGAAAAUAAUAAUUUCGGAUCAAUCAAUAUUAAUAUGGGGCCGGGCGAUUGCGAGUGGCUUGCUUGCCCCUAUAAGUAUUGGGGAAAAAUUGAAGAUUUUUGCAGAAGAAAAAAGAUCAACUUCCGAAUAGAUCCAUUUUGGCCAGUUUUGGAAGAUCUUGAGAAAGCGAACAUUCCUAUUUAUCGUUUCUCGCAAAAAGCUGGUGAUCUUGUAUAUCUCAAUGGCGGAUGUAUCCAUUGGGUUCAAGCUACUGGCUGGUGUAAUAACAUCAGCUGGAAUAUCGGACCCAUCAAUCUUUUUCAAAUCCGAACUGCACUCAUAAGCUAUGAGUACAACAAACUGGCGAAAUUCGAGUCGCUUAUACCGAUGCAGUCGUUGGCAUGGGAGUUUGCCGCCAAAUUACAGUUUCCGAAUAAGGAAAUAUUUGAAGAAAUUCGCGCCGUGCUAAUUAGAUCGUUAGCGUUUCUAAAGAUGACUCUUGAUUAUGUGAUUUCCCAAGGUGUGAAAGUAGAUAAAGACAAGAGAAAAAAGAAUUGCUGGAGCAACAAUUGCAUAAUAAAAGAGUGCAAAAGAGAGUCCUUCAAUUUGGCAUUUGUUCGAAAGAAGUCCAACAGCGAGGACAACGUUUGUGUAUACUGUGCCAAAGAAAUGGGAAUUAGGAAAUUCAAAGUUCUUCAACAGCUACCACUUAAUACUCUUGUAGAAAUGUUUGACAAAAUGAAAGCGAAAUUCGAAUCCUCAAUCUAG